AUGUCGACUGCAAAACAAGUACCAUCAUCACCAAUUGUUGUUAAUACAUGGCCAUUUAUAAAUGCAACAAGAAAUGCAUUUGCUAAAAUGAUGACAUCUGGUGCAACAUGUUUAGACGCUGUUGAAGUUGGUUGUCGAACAUGUGAAGAUGAACAAUGUGAUGGUAGUGUAGGAUGGGGAAAUCAUCCGGCCGAAGAUGGAGAAACUACAUUGGAUGCUCUUAUUAUAGAUGGACGUACAAUGAGUGUUGGUGCUGUUGCAAAUUUACAUCGUAUCAAAAAUGCAAUUAGUGUAGCUCGUGCUGUUCUACAAUAUUCAACACAUUCAUUAUUAGUCGGUGAAAGUGCAACUAAAUUUGCAAUUGAAAUGGGUUUUAAAGAAGAAGAUCUUCAUAGUAAUGCAUCUAUUGAACUAUGGAAUAAAUGGAAAAAUCAAAGUUGUCAACCAAAUUUUCGACGUAAUGUACAACCAGAUCCAACGACUAGCUGUGGCCCAUACACACCCAAACUUGAAUGUGAUGAAAAGAUUCCAUCUCAUGGUCAAUUACCUUGUGGAGAACAUGAUACAAUUGGUAUGAUUUCUUUAGAUUCAAAUGGUGAUAUGGCAGCAGGUGCAUCAACAAAUGGUCUUCAAUUCAAAAUUCCUGGUCGGGUUGCUGAUUCAGCAUUGGUGGGUAGUGGUGCUUAUGUUGAUAAUGAAGUUGGUGGUGCAUGUGCUACGGGUGAUGGUGAUGUUAUGCAACGUUUUGUUCCUUCUUAUCAUGCUGUACAAUUAAUGCGACAAGGUGUUGCACCUGAUGAAGCAUGUUUAGAUGCAAUAAAACGUAUUGCAAAAUCUUAUCCGAAUUUUACUGGUGCUGUAUUAGCACUUGAUAAAGAUGGACGACAUGGUGCUGCUUGUCAUGGUAUCGAAUCAUUUCCAUAUUCUGUUAUGCAACAAGGUUGGACAGAUCCACAAGUUUUACAAAUUCCUUGUCUUAAACCAUGA